AUGACUGAUUCCGGUGCAUCUGAUCAAAAUGGUUUGGGACUUGUCACUGUCCUGAGAGAUGAACCCGAGACUUCGGAAGGAAUGGAACCAAUCCCUUAUGAUGUACACAUUGCCAAUUUGAUGCAAAAAAUGGCCGAUAUGCAAAGUGAGAUUGAUCGACUUCGAAACCUCACUAAUUUGUCCAUCACUUUGAACACGCCACUUCCCGAGCAGGGAACAAACACAGCUACUCCGCCUCUUUUUCCACAUGUUGACUCUCCUACUCCUCAAUAUUUUCCACCAAACCCUUCCCUUCACAAGACCAAUCCAACUGCUUUCAAACAAUCCACCAACCCUCAACAACCCAACUUUCCACAAAACAAUUCGCAACAAGCCAACCCUUUACCCUUCACUACCCCAUAUGCGCCCCAAACUUCACUUACCCAAACUCCGGUCAUCCAAACUAACCCACUUACCCAAACUACCCCACUCACCCAAACUGCCUUACCUUCCCAAAAAUACCAAACGACCCAACAUAUACCGGUGGCACACACUGCAAUCCCUAACAUGCAAUAUGUGCCUCAAGUAUAUGUAGCGGAAGCUCAACCUUUCCUUAAUCCAAUGCCAACCCUGCCAGAAGUCGAUCCAUAUGAAGAGAUGGAGAAAGAAGCAAGGUCAAGAACAGAUGACAAUGUAGCAAGGGAGAUUCGUAAUUUGAAGGAAGCUUUCAAAAAUAUCCAAGUCCAUAAGGGGGUUGAAGGUCUUGAAUAUGAGGAUUUAUGUGUUCAUCCCGAUGUUGAAUUACCCGUGGGGUAUAAGGUACCAAAAUUUGAUGUAUUUGAUGGGAAGGGAAAUCCUCGAGCCCAUUUAAGGUCGUAUUGUGACAAGUUAGUUGGAGUGGGGAAAGAUGAGGCCAUUAGAAUGAAGUUGUUUAUAAGGAGUUUGACAGGAGAGGCCCUUGAUUGGUACACGAGUCGAGAUCCACAGAAAUGGAAUAGUUGGGGUGCGAUGGCGCAAGAAUUCAUGGAUAGGUUCAAGUUUAACACUGAGGCAAUUCCGGACAGGUUCUACUUGAUGAAGUUGGAAAAGAAGUCAACAGAGUCAUUCAGAGAGUAUGCAAUGCGGUGGAGAGCAGAUGCCGCAAAAGUUCAACCUCCAAUGGCAGAAAGUGAGAUGACCUCUCUUUUUAUACAAUCCCAAAAAGAUGCAACGUACUAUGAAAAGAUGAUAAGUGUUGUAGGGCAAAAGUUCUUUGAGGUUGUCAGGAUGGGAGAAUUUAUUGAAGAAGGUAUUAAAACUGGGAGAAUCACUAAUUUGGCAGCCCUGCAGGCGACAAGUAAGGCAAUUCAGUCGGAUUCAAUCGGAGGAGCCCUUAAGAAGAGGAAGGACGGUGUGUCUGCUGUCAUGACCAUCCAGGAACGUAGGCCAAACCAAAUGUUAACCUACCAAAACCCAUUACCCCAACCUUCAUACUACAGUCAGUAUACCCAAAUUCCUCAACCCUAUUAUCAACCUUCACCUGCCCCUUACCCAGUUUACACCACCCAACCAACAUAUUGUCCACCUAGAGCACCUGCCUAUUCAAAUCAAUCACGAUACCAACCCACAUAUCCAUCCCAACCCCAUUAUCAACAACAAAAUCGUCCAUCAAAUGCACCCAGACCCCGCCCAAACUUUGAAAGAAGACCAGCCAAAACCUAUACACCUUUAGCUGAACCUUUAGCCCAACUAUAUGAACGGUUGAGAACUGCAGGAGUAGUCCAGCCAAUCCAAGGACGAAUUCCCAAUCCCCUUCCUGGAUGGUAUGACGAGACCAAGCACUGUGCAUAUCACUCUGGAGCUGCUGGACAUGAUACUGAAAGUUGCCUUACUCUUAAAGACAAGAUUGAGGCAUUGAUCAAAGAAGGAAUCAUUCAACUCAAAGGUGUUGCCCCCAAUGUAAACAACAACCCGCUGCCAAAUCAUGGCAAUGUUCACAUGAUCACCGUUGAUGAAGAUUGCAAUUUGGAAGGAACCAUAGUACCAGUCAAGAUAGAGAAGAAUGUUGAGACAUCGGCCUUUAUUGCUCCAAUAAUCACAGUCCAAGUACGAGCGCCAAUUGAAGUGGAAGCUUUUCUUCCUAAGCCUAAGAUCGUGGCCCUUGUCGUUCAAUCAUCCCCUUUUGACACUAAUGCAGUUCCUUGGAAUUACUCGAUUGAUGCAAGGGACAAAGGAAAAGGAAAGAUAGUUGUAGAAGCUGCUGCUGCAGGAAUGACAAGAUCCGGACGUUGUUAUGCCCCUGAAGAAGUUGUACGAGGAGGACCAAACAAGGAAAAUAACCAAAAAAGGGUUGUGACAGAGGCUGAAGUGGAAGAUUUCUGGAGGAAGAUGCCAACUAAGGAAUAUUCAGUUGUUGAACAGCUAAAGAAAACUCCUGCUCAAAUUUCCUUAAUGGCCUUAUUGAUGAAUUCUGCAACUCAUAGGAAUGCUUUGGUAAAGGUUUUAAAUGAAGCUUAUGUUCCAGCUGAGACCACUAGUGAGAGCUUUUCUGCCAUGGUAGGACAAGUUUUGGAAGCUAACAAAGUCACCUUUCAUGAAGAUGAGUUGUUGCCUGAAGGUUUGGGACAUAACAAAGCGUUGAACAUUACUGUCAGAUGUAGGGAUAAGUUUAUUUCCAGAGUUCUGAUUGAUAAUGGUUCAGCUGUUAACAUAUGCCCUUUCACUACUCUUCGAGCUUUGGGAAUUGACAUUGGAAAGAUUCGUGAAAGUCAUGUAAGGGUUAGAGGAUUUGAUGGGACACAAAGGGGAGUCAUUGGGGAAAUUGAUCUGCCAUUGCAAAUUGGACCUGUGGAGUUCAUUGUAGAAUUCCAAGUGUUGGAUAUAUCUGCUAGUUAUAAUUUGUUACUUGGAAGGCCAUGGAUUCAUAUGGCUGGUGCGGUCCCUUCCACUUUGCACCAGACUUUGAAAUUUGUGUGGAACCAUCAGGAAAUUGUUGUUCAUGGAGAAGGUAACAACUCAAUAUAUCCUGAAAAUUCAGUCCCUGUUAUUGAAAGUAUGGAAGAGUUGGAUGGGUCUGUAUUCCAUAUUAAGGAAAUUGUGUGUGCUACUCAAGUUGGAAAGGCAAAUUUGCCACGUGUGCUUAUGAUGGUGGCUUGGGAAAUGUUGAAGAAUGGUUUUAUCCCGGGUCAAGGUCUUGGAGCGAAAUUGGAUGGAAUAGUGGAACCAAUUCAAUUGCCUGGUCAGAAAUACACCUUUGGUCUUGGAUACGAGCCUACUCCUGAAGAAAUCUCGUCGGCCAAUCUCAAAAGGAAAAGUGACAAUCCCUUACCACAACCUAUCCCGCCCUUGAAUCAGUCAUUUUCCAAGGCGUUUGCUGCAGAAGGAUUAGAAGAAGCUGUUGAAGAUAACCUCACAGAAGGACUCAAAAACUUGUUCAUUGAAGAAACGGAAUGCAAUAUGAUUUUGGAGGACUGCACUGAGGCCCCGACCAUAUGGGAUGCCAUGCCUGGAGAUGCUUUGAACAAUUGGACUUGUAACCCGUCCCCGUUCCCUCCGGGAAUCUUGGUAGAUGAUUGUAUUAGAAUUAACAAAACAACAUGA